CACUAGUCCAUUACCAAGCUGACAUAACAUUUUCAAGUCACCAAAGAAAAGAAAAAAAAAACUAUAUAUACACAACCCUUUUGCCUUCUCACUUUCCUUCCAACCAAACGAGCCGAGUUCGAGUUCGAGUUUGACGCGCUAGAAUGGCCUCGUCCGGCGUGAUCAAUGCCAUUAGAUCAGCAAUUCUGUUGCUGGCUCUUGUGAUAUUUCUGGGGAAUAUUAUGAUGUGGAUCAUCAUGCCAACUGAUACUUACUACACUAUUUGGGUGCCCCAUCUCAUGGCUGCUACAAAUUCAAGCUUCUUUGGAAUACAAGGUCCAAUCAUGAUGGAUUUCACAUUUCCCAUUCUGCUGAUUGCUGUUUUGGGAUGCUUUUAUCUGCAUUUGGGGAAGAAGGAAAAUGCUGUCACAAAAAGCAGCAAGGCAAGGAGUUUGAGGUUGAUGAGGAGACCAAUGAUUGUGAAGGGGCUUGGGAUUGUUACUCUAACAGAGAUAGCUUUGUUCACUAUGUUCAUAGCUCUUUGUGCUUGGUAUUUUGGAGGCUAUGUGCGCCAUUGGUUUGAGCAAGUUUAUCAAAGAUCUUUGUCCAAACAUGAACAAGUGUGGCAAACUAAGUUGGAUAGAGUAGGCAUAGUGACAGGGGUGACUGGAAAUUUGUGUUUGACAUUUUUGUUUUAUCCAGUUACAAGAGGUUCAUCCAUUUUGCCUAUGUUGGGAUUAACAUCUGAAGCAAGCAUCAAAUACCAUAUUUGGCUUGGAAACUUGGCCAUGGCCUUAUUUACUGUUCAUGGAUCUAUUUACUUUCUUUACUGGAUCAUCACUCACAGAUUAUCAGAGGCGCUGAAAUGGGGUGACAACUACGUAUCAAACGUAGCAGGAGAGAUGUCAUUGCUAUGUGGAUUGGCCAUGUGGAUUACUUCUUACCCUAAAAUUAGAAGGAAAAUGUUUGAGCUGUUUCUCUACACUCACUAUCUCUACAUUUUCUUCAUGAUUUUCUUCAUUUGGCACAUUGGCAUUGGGUUUGCAUGCAUUAUGCUUCCUGGUUUCUAUCUCUUUCUCAUGGAUCGAUAUUUGAGGUUCUUACAAUCCAGGAACAAAGCUAGGCUUGUCUCCGCAAGACUUCUCUCCUGCGAUAUAAUUGAACUCAACUUUUUCAAAAGUCGAGCUUUGAGUUACAAUCCAACUAGUACCAUCUUCAUAAAUGUGCCCUCCAUUUCCAAGCUACAAUGGCACCCUUUCACCAUCAUCUCAAAUAGCAACUUGGAGCCACAAAAGCUAAGUGUGUUGAUCAAAUGUGAAGGGAAUUGGACUAGAAGCCUCUAUGACAUGCUCUCAUCCCCGUCCCCCCUCGAUCGCCUCGAGGCGGCCGUGGAGGGGCCGUACGGGCCCGCCGCCACUCAUUUUCUAAGGCACGACACGCUAGUGAUGAUCAGUGGAGGGAGUGGCAUCACCCCAUUCAUCUCCAUUAUAAGAGAGCUAAUCUUCAUAAACUCCACACUAAAAUGCAAGACUCCCAAGAUCAUGCUCAUCUCCUCAUUCAAGAACUCAUCACAUCUCUCCAUAUUAGACCUAAUCCUCCCAACUUCUUCCACCUCGAAUUCCUGCAAACUAGACCUGCAAGUCGAGGCGUACGUGACGAGAGAGAAAGGGCAACUCAAAGAGCAGAUCCCAAAACAUCGUACAAUUUGGUUCAAACCAGAAUCAUGUGACAUUCCCAUAUCUCCCACGUUAGGCCCCAACAGUUGGCUAUGCCUUGCUGCGAUAAUAUCAUCGUCUUUCGCCAUCUACCUCGUGCUGUUCGGGUUCUUCACGCAAUACGUAGUCUACCCUGUCGACCAAAACAUCAACGUGUUCUUUUCCUACACCAAGAAAGGCUCCGCGAGCAUGCUGUUCCUCUGCUUCUCCAUGGUCGUGGCAGCCAGCACGGCGUUCCUGUGGAACAAGAAAUGCAAUGCAGACGAAGCCAAGCAAGUUCAAGACAUGGAUGAAUCUGGGAGUAGUGGAUCAACAUCCAAUUCAUCGUUUGAUCAAGAUGAUGUGGAGAUGGAGAGCCUUCCACUGCAAUCCAUGAUCAAAUCUGUCAAUGUGCAUUAUGGUCAGAGGCCCAACCUCAAGAGGAUCUUGUUGGAGAUUAAAGAAUCAAGCGUUGGAGCACUUGUUAGUGGGCCCAAGAAAAUGAGAGAGGAAGUUGCAGCUAUAUGUUCAUCUGGGCAGGCAGACAAUCUUGAGUUUGAAUCCAUCAGCUUCACUUGGUGAAUGUGUUAAAAUGGAUCAACAAUUAAUGGAAUGUGGAUAGAGUAAGACUAAUAUUAGUAAUGUGUUUGAGAAUCUCAUAUAUUGAUUUUGUCUAUGAAGAAUGUUUGAAUAAAUAAGCAACUACGGCCGUUUCUGUAGAAUUGUUUGAAGUGAAGCAUAAAGUAUUGUAUGAUUGUAACUUCUAUGUUUUGAUACAUAUAUAAUAAUUUUACAUAUCAA